GCUGCUGAGGUCAGUUCCGGCGGGUGACGGUGCGGACGGGUCAGAAGCGUAGAGGCGGCGGCAAAAUGGCGGCGCCUGAGGAGCGGGAUCUAACCCAGGAGCAGACAGAGAAGCUGCUGCAGUUUCAGGAUCUGACUGGCAUAGAAUCUAUGGAUCAGUGUCGCCAUACCUUGGAACAGCAUAACUGGAACAUAGAGGCUGCUGUACAGGACAGAUUGAAUGAGCAAGAGGGUGUACCAAGUGUUUUCAACCCACCUCCAUCACGACCCCUGCAGGUUAAUACAGCAGAUCACAGGAUCUACAGCUAUGUUGUCUCAAGACCACAACCAAGGGGGCUGCUUGGAUGGGGUUACUACUUGAUAAUGCUUCCAUUCCGGUUUACCUAUUACACAAUACUUGAUAUAUUUAGGUUUGCUCUUCGUUUUAUACGGCCUGACCCUCGCAGCCGGGUCACUGACCCCGUUGGGGACAUUGUUUCAUUUAUGCACUCUUUUGAAGAGAAAUAUGGGAGGGCACACCCUGUCUUCUACCAGGGAACGUACAGCCAGGCACUUAAUGAUGCCAAGCGGGAGCUCCGCUUUCUUUUGGUUUAUCUUCAUGGAGAUGAUCACCAGGACUCUGAUGAGUUCUGUCGCAACACACUCUGUGCACCUGAAGUUAUUUCACUGAUAAACACGAGGAUGCUCUUCUGGGCAUGCUCUACAAACAAACCUGAGGGAUACAGGGUCUCACAGGCUUUACGAGAGAACACGUAUCCAUUCCUGGCCAUGAUUAUGCUGAAGGAUCGGAGGAUGACUGUAGUGGGACGGCUAGAAGGCCUCAUUCAACCUGACGACCUCAUUAACCAGCUGACAUUUAUCAUGGAUGCAAAUCAGACUUAUCUGGUGUCAGAACGCUUAGAAAGGGAAGAACGAAACCAGACCCAGGUGCUGAGGCAGCAGCAGGAUGAGGCCUACCUGGCGUCUCUGAGGGCUGACCAGGAGAAGGAAAGAAAGAAGCGUGAAGAACGGGAGCGGAAGCGGCGGAAGGAGGAGGAGGUGCAGCAGCAAAAGUUGGCAGAGGAGAGGCGGCGGAGGAAUUUACAGGAGGAAAAGGAAAGGAAGUUGGAGUGCCUGCCCCCAGAACCUUCCCCCGAUGACCCUGAAAGUGUCAAGAUCAUUUUCAAAUUACCCAAUGAUUCUCGAGUGGAGAGACGAUUUCACUUUUCACAGUCUCUAACAGUAAUCCAUGACUUCUUAUUCUCAUUGAAAGAAAGCCCUGAAAAGUUUCAGAUUGAAGCCAACUUUCCCCGGCGGGUACUGCCCUGCAUCCCUUCAGAGGAGUGGCCCAACCCCCCCACACUGCAGGAAGCUGGACUCAGCCAUACAGAAGUUCUCUUUGUUCAGGACCUAACAGACGAAUGACACUUUCUUCCUCUCCCUCUCACCCCAACCCCUAAAAGAAAUGGAAAAAAAAAGCCAAAAAAAAAAAAACAAAACAAAAAAGAGAGAGAAAUUCAUAUUAUUAUAAUACAAUAUUUUUUUUAAAAGACUGCUGUAUCCUAAGGAAGGAUCAGAAACCAUGCUGCCUGCAAGAGUCACCACCUGUGUGUGCGCACGAGGUUAGCGAUGAACGUUCCCACCGGCAAGCCUGCCCUUCCCUACUGCCUCUGCAGCGCGCCUUCCAACGGAAGGAGACUCUUCGCCUCCCACCCAGCUGUUGUCCCAACUGGGGAAGGGGACAUUCCCACUAGUUCUCACUCAUUCUUGCUUUUAUGAAAAUAAAAGUGAAAAAACCUCCAUCAACCAGCUGUUGCAGCAUAUUCUGAGGACUCACUUCUCCAACCCUGGAGAAGAAAGGGAAGAGAAGGCACAGAGCAGAGAUGUUCCUUGCACUUCCCGCAAUUUAUAAAUAACUUAAAAUUUUCUUUGUAAUGACCAAAGGAAUGAGGCUGACAGGUGUAUUUUUUUUCCCUUAAAUUUAUUUGAUAAAGAGCCAAUUCUUAAUCCUAUGAGUUCACGCCCUGGGCUCCUUAACCCACAAGCAUGUAAUAAAGGUGCCCUGGGCUGGUUUGUGCUUAUUUCUGCCAUUGUCCCUCUCAAGUUCCCAGAGAAGUUGUUGUUUAUGGUCCAACUCAUGCUGUCCUUUCAUGCCAGCAGUCCAACCCACUUGGAGCAGUGGAAGGAAAUUGGGGUUGUAGCCCCACAGAGACUGUGUAUGUAUAGAUGCACCAUACAGACAGGGAGUGCCUGUCCACAAGACCGCAGCUUUUCCUUGGACUCUACCAGGUGGUGGUUAUGGGUCUGAACCAGAGGGCAGCAGCUCUUCAUUCCUCUACGGACACGUGCGUGCGGUUCCUGCCCAACCCUAAGCGCUUCUGAAUUGCCAACUUGGUGCCUUUCCAAAGGACUAGCAGGGCCUGUGGUAGAACUAGCAGAACCACAUGAGGUAGUGAUGUUGUAGGGCUGGAACAGGGGCUUUGAAGGGAGCCUGUGUAAAGUGUUGGGUGGCACAUUUCAGUUUCUGACAGAGCCCCCUACUGGAGGCCGCUUUUUCCUCCUAUUGCUGUGUUGAAGUAAUAGGGAUUUUUAACCUCUGGAUGUCUCAUCUGUGGUUGAGUUUAUGGUAAUGGGUACAUGGCUCAGGCCAUGUAUCAGCAGAGGCCAGCAUGAGCUGACAAGUAUUCCAAAGUGUUCUAUAGCUAGACUGGUGUAGACUUGUAAUGCUGCAACUUCUGAUGUGACUAAUUCCUAGCGUGCUGUGAGGCGGGGGUUCAGAUCAAGAUGAAACAAAACCUGCUAGAUUUGCAGUCUUGCUUAACAAACCUAAAGACCGCUCUUAUAGGUAGCAGUGAUGUAGUUAUUUUCUACACCUCUGGUUGGGGUAAACACCAAGGAGUGGCUGGGGAGCUUCACGAGUGUCACCUGCAGAGCCAGUUACCUUGGCACAAGUGUUUCGAACAACGUCUCUAGGAAAGUGUAAUUUUCCCAACUACAUCAUAUUCUUUCCCUUUGUCUCCUGCUGUAAAAGUCCAGAUGAGUGGGAAUCACUAUCUGGAGUCAUAAAGUGUAUCUGAAACAGACAACAGGAUAAACCAUGUACUCCACUGAACAGCAUGUGAAGUCUACUUUGUUGACGGCCACACACACAGAAAUUUUCCCACUUAGAGACUCCCAGUCUGGAAUUCUCACCUGUUUUCUUGCCCUAAUACACAGGAAGGUGUCAAAAGACCUUUGUGAGGCUGCCUGUACUGAGUAUCUUGCCCAUACCUCUUUGGGAAGUUGUAAAUUUUUUAAUAAUUAAAUCUGCAUCUACAAUAUGCACUUUAUGCCUCUUGCCUUUUGAUAAUUUGUUUAGUGAGGAAGUCAGAUAUUAAGAAAAAGCCUCUUGUUUUUGUCGGUACAGUGCUGGGAUGGCCUGCUAUCUACUUUAGGUUUCAAGAGGCUUCACCUGAAGCACAUGCUCCUUCCCAGUCCGUGUUGUGCAGCCCUGCUUUGCACAUACCCCAUUCCUGUCUCCUUGCUGGCUCUGGAGCUGUGGCCUAGGUGCCAUCUCCCUCCAUGAAAGGUGCACAUUUUGUCACAUUGCCAGUACAAUCUCACCCCCAGGGGCCGAUGGGAGCUCGAUGGCACCUACAAGGGAGAAAAACGGAGAAGCCAAGAGUCUGCAAGCGUUUACUCAUUUCCAAAUCACCUGUGGGUUCUUUCAGCUCUUCCUUUAAAAUGGCAGUCGUCGACUAAGCAACACUUGUUUUGAGCUUUGUUCUGCGGUCCCAAGACCUGUAGAUUCGGCUGAAUAACCAUGGGAGAUGACCAAGCAAAGACAUCCAAUUGGAGUUCAUUGAAUUUUGGCAGCCUUAGUGGGCCUCUCUGGUCUUUUCUUCCACUUCUGCAGACUCGUACAGCAAAUAAUUCUUUUUGCUUGCCUUCACUGUAUUUGGCCAGAGGAGAAUAUCUCUUAAAAGAAAAAAAAAAAAAAAAAAAAACUAGAAUCUUCCACCUGAGCAGUCAUUAUGAAAAUUGCUAAUGGUGCCAACCAAGGCCAAGGAAAGAGUUUCAGAAAACAAACUUGGGAAGGAUAAUCCCCAGAAUGCAAAAUUGGGAGUAUUUUCUGGUGCUUGGACAAGGAGCUCCACUUUACAACUGGUUUUUUAGGACUUGUGAGGAAUGCAGCAACAGGAAAUCCACAAAAGAUGCAGUGCCCCAACUUGUACUGCACCUGAAUAGUUAUGUGAUAAUUUACUGAAGAAAUCUAGUGUACUUAAAAUUUUUUUCAUAAAAGUUUACAUUGUAUUGUAGGUUAACAUUAAAUGUUUUAUAACAAAUUUGGUUAAGUUGUGGGUCUUUCUAUCUAGGAGAGAUCUGCUAGAUAAUUUUGUGUGUGUGGAGGAAAUUGGAAAACAUCGUGAGAGGUACCAGGAUUUUGCUUAGCCAACGGAGAAACAGUUAAAUUGGAUCUCUAUAUGGUGUGUGCCUGUGGAAAUGGGCAUAAACUUAGGCAGUGUGGUAUAAUAGAAAGCAGCCAAAUUUAGCUUCAAAGCCUGCUUCUGUCAUUUGUCGGCUUCAGGACCUCAGACAAGUUCUUCAGCAACCAGAACUUUAGGUUCCCCAACUAUAAAUGACGUUAAGUCAGAGUAAGUUUAUAUUGUUUAAUCAAAUAGACGUAGAUGUAGCACCUGACAGGUCAUUGAGCAUUUGUUUCUCCCUGUGGUAGUAUAUUUUGAUGGAAUGUUUUCUUCUAGUAAUGACCCAAAAUUUCUUAAGGAAUUUGCCAUUUCUUCUGCAUAGACCUCUGUCCUUGCAAAGAAGUGACCAGAGAAGAGUCACUUGGUUUAACAGAUUGUGUGCUGCUGGAACUCCCUUCCUGGGUAUUUUUGCUCAUUUUCGUUUCCGAGAGAAAUUUUAAGCCUUGGUGCUUUGCAUUUCUCUUCCUCCCUCUCUGCCCUUGUGCAAAGAACUCACCCCUGUGAGUUAUGGAUUCUUGUCACCAUCAGUCUGCCCUGUUGCUUCUCCAAAGAUAUGGGGCCUUCAUUUUUAAGUUUACGUCUUAAGUGUAAACUGGAGUGUCUGCUGCUCGCUUAAGUUCUGAAAGAAUGUAUUCACCGUAAGUCAAAUCCACUAAAAAUUAAACAUUUUACAUUUGAUGGUGGAGCUUGCAUAUAAAAUUCUUGCCUCGACACAGGGAAUACUCCAACUCUGACAGACUACCUGGUACCAAAUCCUGCUUGUUGAUUUGACAUAUCCUCAUAUCUGAUUAAAAAUUCAGAGCCAGGGCCUCCCCGGUGGCGCAGCGGGUUGAGCGCUGUGCUAUGAAGCUGUCCGCAGCCUCUGCAGCGCGGGUUUGAUCCCCGCCAGCCGGCGAGAAUCCUACAUGGCACAGCAGACCUCUCCUGCCGUGCCCGCUGUUCCCCUCAGCAGUAUCUUCAGUCCGUCUGCCUGUUCUGCUCCCCACUGGUAAAUUCUCUCACCCUCCCGUGCCUCUGACUGUACCCCCAGUUCUUGUAUAAAUAAAU